AUGGGCGAGUCACUAGCAUCAAAAAUUCAGUACUCCAAGCUCUGCGAGGUGUACGAGAAAAUUUCGAAAGCCCGAGGAAACAAAAAGAUAGAGGAGUUGCGGAAAUUUUUAAAUUUUUGUCGUCAAACUGGCAAAGAGAUGAAAAAACAGGAUUCCACCGCUGAUGUUUCGCUUUUCCCAAUAAUGCGACUGUUCUUACCUGCUGUCGAUCGAGAACGCGGACCUCAUGGCUUGAAGCAAAAAACCCUGGCAGAUUUAUUCGUUCGCGUUUUUUGCCUCGGAAAAAACAGUUCCGAUGGUAAAAAUCUCUUGAAAUACAAGGCUCCGGAGCAAGGAGAAUCCGGCAUGGGCGAUUUUGCUGAAAAGUUGUUCUGGGUCCUGAACAGAAGACACUCCAACGUGUCCGGCACUGCCUUAAGCAUCGAAGAUGUAAAUACCGCAUUGGACGAGAUUGCUCGUCGUAACGCGGAGAACCAAAGCAAGGAUGAAGUUUUUUUGCGCCUGAUCAAACAAUUAGGGGCAUUCGAGCUCAAAUGGCUAACGAGAACGAUACUCAAGGACGUGAAACUUGGAUUGGGUCAGAAAAAAGUUUUUGAAGCCUACCAUCCAAACGGUGACGAGCUCUUCGGUGAAAAGUCGAAUUUACGAGAGGUGUGUGAUUUGCUGCUGGACGAAAAUUACAGGGUGGAAAAAAGUUCGUCGAACGUAGUUGUUCUGUGGCCGUUUAAGCCGAUGCUUUUAGAGCGCUGUAGCAUAGAGGAGGUGGGCAAAUUUUUCACACAAAACGAGACGUAUUUCUCGCAAACGAAGUACGACGGUGAAAGAAGUCAAAUCCACAUGAAAGAGGGUGUAUUUAAAUAUUACACGAGACACGGAACAGACAUUACGAAUAAUCCGGCGUACGGAGAGACGAAAAACUCGAGUGGAUUUCUCACCAAAAAAAUAUCUUCCCUCCUCAAUCCUGAUUGCCGUUCAAUCAUUUUGGACGGUGAAUUAAUGGGUUGGCACAAAGACCGGAAAUCGCUUGGAUCCAAAGGAAUGCCAUUCGACGUGAAAAAGUUAACAGCCAACAGCCGACAUCAGCCUUGUUUCGUUGCUUUCGACAUCGUCAUGUACAACGACAGAUAUUUGCUCAAUUCACCGUACAAGGAUCGAUUGUCUGUUUUGAAUAAUGCUUUUCGAGAGGAGGAGGGCGUGCUGUUGAGGAGCAAAAUCGACAGCAUUUCUUCCAGCGCCCAACUUCUUGAGAUUUUCAAUAAAAGCAUCGACACCAACGAGGAGGGAAUCGUAUUGAAAAGGAGCGACGGAUUGUACAAACCCAAUACACGUGAGGGAAGUGGAUGUUACAAGAUCAAGGCCGAGUACUCCGAGGGCCUCAUACAAGACUUGGAUUUGUUAAUCCUCGGCGGUUACUACGGGGAGGGCAAAUGUGCUGGAAUUUUCAGUAGCUUUCUCGUUGGAGUCGCUGCAGACGAGAAAUCGAGCACGAAAAAAUUUUACUCCGUCGUUUCGGUCAGCACGGGACUCAGUAUGGAAAAAAUGCGAGAACUCGACGCGAAGUUUAAAGCCUUUUGGACCAAGGACUGCCCCAGCAAUGUGGUUGGACCAAAGAAAAAUCAGCCCGAUGCGUGGAUUCAUCCAAAAAAUUCAUUAAUUCUGCAACUUCGAGCUACGGAACUUACUCGAUGCAAUGUCCAUCCUGCUGGCUACACUUUACGAUUCCCCAGAGUAGUCAAAGUUCGAGAUGACAAGCCUUGGGAGGAUGCAUGGACUCUCAAAGAAUUGAGAGCGAUGGUCAAGGACGGAGGCUUCGUGCAAAAAGCGACGAAACGACACGCGACGAGCAGCGAUAUUCGUGAUGUUAAUACAAAAAUGCCUCGGAACGUGCGACCAGCGCCAAUGCGAAUCGACACGAAAUAUUUGGGCGUCAAAACUUCCCUGGUUACUCGUCUCACGCGUUUAUUUUCCGAGAAAGAGUUUUGCGUCAUGAACGGUGAAGAGGGCUCUCCGAACAAAAGAAAACUUUCGAAAAACGAUAUUGAACUACUUUUGUGUACGCAUGGCGCAAAAAUUGUCCAAAACCCGGGAAACGAAACGUUCGCUGUAAUCGUGGGCAAUCCAAAAUCUGAGAGAGUGAAAAAUGUCGUAAAAACGCGAAAGUGGGACGUCGUGUCUUUAGCCUGGUUGAAACGUGUGACAGACGAAAAAAAUUGGCACCGAGAGACCGAUUUUUUUCCGUGGGAAAUCAUUUCUGGUACCGAAGCGACGGAACAACGGCUCGCUAAUUUAUUCGAUUGUUACGGUGACAGCUACACCGUCGAUGCUGACGUUACAAGCUUGAAACGAUCCUUCGACAAGGUCGAAGAAGAAAUGAUGGAAAAAAAUUCCCAGGAGAUUUUCCAACACGAGGACGUGGAGGCAGAAUUAUUCGAAAAUGGAAUUUCUCCAUUUUCGUUAUUCAGGAAAAUGGUCGGAUAUUUUGACGACCCUUCGGAUACAACGGUUUGGAAUUUUAAAUUCAUGAGAGGACAAGUCAGCGACGAAAUUGAUCAUACUGUGAGUCACGUAUUUAUUAACGAAAGGGCUAUCAGCUUGAUCAAUCUUUAUAAAAAAAUCAACAGUACCGGAUCAACCGAUAUCAAAAUCGUCAACAGUAGUUGGAUCCAAGAUUGCUGUCAACAGGAAAGGCUACUGCCUGAAGGAGAUUAUAUCAUUGCUUGAUUACUUUCGAUGGAAACAAUGCUAGUCUUCUCUUUGGGAUUGUUAUUGGAUCAGGGAUUUUCAAAAGCUUUGAUCUGAAACGAUUCGAAUAUUUUUUUGGGAAAAUCUAAGGAUGAAUUUCCAUUUUUCAAGAAACUUUACGAUUUGCAGCUAGUCGCGAGUCCAGUUAAUCCUGAGGGAAUUCGAGAUGUAAAUGCAAUUUGAAGAACAUAAGAAAGAAUAUGUAAAAAAUUAUUCGUCAUUCGAUUUUAAGAACAAAGAUUCAGAUUUUUACAGCUAAAUUAAAUUUUUUAAAUUAUUUAAGAUAUUUAUAUAUUUCAUAAAUGAAAAUGGUAAGAAAUUAAGGUCUAAAAAGAUUGUAUUUUGGAAAAAAAUUUUCCAAGGACAGAAAUGUGAUUUUCAUGAUCACCAAAAAUCUUAAUUCACCAAAAAUAGAUAGUAUAUUUUUUAAUCGAUAACAAAUCGUGAAUAAUUAUUCUAGGAAUUAUUUUUCUAAUUUAUGACACAAAUGUUCACUGAUGAACAAAAAAAUCAUUACAGUUUAAAACAUGGAAAGCAUAUUUGGGGUUAUGGGCAAUAUUUCUAUUCUUCGUGCUUAUUUUUCUUUAAAUAUUGUGUUGCAAUUUUCAGUCUUGAUUUUACAGCUUUAUUUUAUUCGCAAAUAAUAUAUUUUAUAAACAAACGAUUAAGCAUUGUAUUAUGCUAAUGUGACGAGGUCGUGUAAAUAAAACAAUAUAUUUUAAAAACGA